AAUUACAAAUAAUUUCUUGAUUUAUGACUUAUCUAUACCAUCUUCAGCUCUCCUUCACCUGUAACUCCAACAACCAGCUAUGGCAGUUCCUACACUAAUCUCUAUCCCAAAACUGCCCCUUUUCCCCCAAACAAACCGAACCCAAUUUCUCCUCUCUGCAAAGAGAAGAUCCCAAUUUUCAUCACCCAUUGAAAGCUGCUCAUCUCAGAACUUGAAAAAUGCAGCUACAAUUUUGGGGGUCACUGGAAUUGCUUUGACCACAUUAAUGGUGGGAACUGAAACAGCGUCUGCUUCAGAAAUAGCUAUAAUGGGUUCUUCUUUCCAAUUCAAUGAACCCUCUAAUGCUCUCUCUUUACCCACUUGGGCUAUUCAUGUUUCCAGCGUUGUUGAAUGGGUUACUGCAAUGGCUCUGGUUUGGCAAUAUGGUGAGAAAUCUGGAAAUGCUUCUUGGAAGGGACUCUCUUGGGGCAUGGUGCCUCUGUUAGGUGGAGCGUUUUGUGCCUGCACAUGGCAUUUCUUUUACAACUCCGAGUCCCUUGAGGUAUUAGUGGCUCUACAAGCAGCUUUGACAGUUCUUGGUAAUGCCACAAUGUGCAUCGCUGCAUUCCGUAUAUACAGAUCACAGGAGCAAUAAAGGAAUUAUUGAUCAUUGAGUUUGGUUUACUUCCUCAAAUUUCAUCACUCACUCAGUUUCCUUAUCUACAUGAAGAAGAAACAUUAUAUGUCAAACACUGUAAUAUAUCGUACAUAGUUGACAUAAAGUAUGUAGAAUGAGAUGAAGUGUCCAUUCCAUGGUAGGAAGUAAAAAGCUUUUAGCAAGAAAACCAGUGUGGAUCAAGCCUUGACUUUAGCUUUUCCAGUUGCAUUGAUGUACAUAUUUAAACAACUCCUUUUAGACAUCUUACGAUGGCAAUUAUUGACUUUCUAGGAACUGUUGUUGUCAAAUAUCAUAUCUGGAAUCUUUAACACUCUUCUUGUUUGUGUACUGUAUUAUUUGUCUAAUAAUCUACUUGACUAGUUUCUUAA